UGUAUACACUUUGCGAUAGUCGAAUCCGAUAGGCAAGUCUCCUCACUAGAUCUUGUAAAAACAAUUGGAGAUGAAACGCAUGUAACAAACAUGGACGAAUUUGUAAAAAGCCUCAUCGAGGAGGUGAAAUCGCAGGGCGUGUUCGAUGAGUUCCGGUUCAACUGUUGCCUGGCGGACGUGGACACAAAGCCCGCUUACCAGAACGUGCGGAACAGAGUGGAGACCGCGGUCAACGACUUCCUGUCAAAGCAGCACUGGACGCCAGACACUAAUAAGCUCCAAUUGCGGGAGAGGCUACGCAAGCAUCUUAUAGAUUCUGAUGUCCUCAACAAGGGAGUGGAUCAAAUCGUGGACCAGGUGGUCAACCCCAAGGUGGCCACCAUAUUCGAGCCAAAGAUCGAGAGCAUUGUCUACAAGUACCUGGGAAUCACCCCUCCUCCUCCACCGCCAGCAAGACCCACAUUGCUGCCUGCGCCACCGUUGCCGCCAUUUGCUGGCCACAUGAACGGCAGCAGUAUGCUGAAAGUCGAAACAGCUACUGGCACUGGACUCCUGCCGACUGAUCUGGAACAGAUUAGCCCGGAUUCCGACCGUGCCACUGUUAAAUCUGAUGUGAAGGAAGAAAGCAAGGAGGAGGAUGAAUUGCCGCCAGGCGUGGAUGAUCGAAACUUUGAUGACGAUACUUCUCCAUCAUAUGAGCCACUAAGCGAGGAUAAAACGGAUUCCAGGAAAGAGGACCUAAACAACGGGUCCAUAAACAAUUCAGACUCGGUUAACGGCGUCUCCCAGGCGUCGCAGCUGUCCCAGGUGUCUAGCGAUAGUCGCCUCACCAUUGCCUCCUCCACGGAGUCUGCGAAUGAUGUCCAGCAAGCUGCGGUCGCAAAGAGCAACAACAUCGACCAGAGGCCCAACAUGCCAGCUAACAUUUCGGAGGAGGCCCAGAUGCCGAAGUUCAGCGAGAACUCCAGUGAUGCAACUAACGAAAAUCGCCACCUGCACUUUGAUAUUAAACAGGAUGCCAUUACCUUCGAGGGCACUGAGCGCAAGAACUCUGUAUCAGAGGAUGUGAAGGGGUGCCCUCCGAUUCUCUCCAUUGAGGAUGCCAUUAUGUCGGAAGUUAAGGCGAACAUUGUGGACGCCAACAAUGCUAGCAUUGAGCCUAUGGACACGGUGCAACCGCCGCUACCACCACCACCAGUGUCUAAAAUUGAACCGCCACCUCCUCCACCAAAAGAUGACCCUCCACCUCCGCCUCCAGAUGUAGAGCCACCGCCAGCUCCACCAAAGGAUGGGUCGUCAUUGCCAGCAAAAAUUGAGGAAGUGCCUUUUGCUCCAGCAAAUGUUGAGAUACCAGCACCUCCACCCCCAUCACUACCAGCUCCGACACCACCACCUCCAACACCACCACCUCCAACACCACCACCUCCAACACCUCCACCUCCAACACAGCCGCCACCUCCGCCUGAGAGCAACACUGGUUCGACAGCCUCGGAGACUGCUGUUCCGGAUUCAGGGCCCAAGGAAACAGAAAAUUCAGACUCACAGGAACAGAAGAAGGAAUCUCCUUCUGCAGCAACAGCAGAAAACGAGGGGGAGAAAAUUUCAGGAGCUACUCCUCCGGAAGAAACACCUAAAAGCGGGGAUGCGAUGGUGUCGCCUGCCAAUGCGAAGAGCGACCUCAAAGACAAGGAUAAGGACAAAGACCGUCGCCAUCACUCUGAUGACAGACACCGCCGGAAAAGCAGGGACAGGGACCGCGAUCGUGAUCGCGACCGUAGUCGGGACCAAUCGCGCAGCAAGCAUUCCUCCAGCUCUAGUUCAAAGCACUCCUCGUCACACUCCUCAAGCUCCAAACACAAGAGCAGCAGCUCGAAAACAGAAAAGAGUUCCUCCAGUCGGAGCCAUCAGGAGUCAUCAUCCUCAAAGCGUUCCACGACCGGUUCCUCAUCCCGCCACGAAUCAACCUCCUCCUCCCACAAAAAACACAAAUCUAGCUCAUCCUCGUCACGAUCUGAUAGGGAAAAAGAUAGGGAUAAGGAUAAGGAUAAGGACAAGGAUAAGGACAAGGAUAAGAUUAAGGAUAAGGAUAAGGAUAGGGAUAAGGAAAAAAGUAGUCAUAGUCGCAGUCACCACAGCAGUAGCAGCUCUUCGUCUAAAAGAAAAGACCAUGACCGAAGUCGAAAUCGGGAUCGCCAUAAAUCCAGCUCAUCCAGCAGUGCGGCGACCAAUACUGCUAUCCAAGAUGACCACAACGAGAGCAAAGCCAAACUCCUUAAACGCCGAGGCUCCGACUCUAACGAUGAGGGAAAGCCACCUAGCUCGGGAGGCCCAGCAAAGACUUCCACUCCAGAGAGUACAUCCGCUCCGGAGAAAACUGACGCCACUGUAGAGAAUGGCAAUGGUACAAAUGGCAACUCCCAUGGGGAGAGCAACGGAGCAUGCGACAGAGCCGCGUCCGGUGGUGCUGUCUUGGUCACCGACAUCUUGCAGCAAUCAUCCACUAGUUUCAUAGAACUGAGCGGUGGGUCGCCACCGACAAGUAAGCCAGUUACGAGUGAUGUUGAGGGAACAACUGAAGACCAACCAAAAAGUGAAGCGAAGGAUGAGAAGGAAUCCGCUGAAACGAAAGUAUUGGAAGAAGAUCGGACAGAAAUACCUGAGAGCACAGUAUCAGACUCCCAUUCAAAUAGUGAUAGCAGCAAAAAGAGUGAAGUAUUGGAGACGAGUGAUGGGGAAAACACCAAGCCCACAGAGGAAAGCAGAGGGGACGAUCCUCCAGUGAUCGAAGAGAAUCCAGAGUCCACUGAUAUUACCCAGCAACCGCCAGAGGAACUACCCGCCACACACAGUCCAAGCUCGAAGGAGCCGGAUGAAGUUGUUUCGGAUGAAGUGGUGACCCAUUUUGAAGACCACAUGGAUGAGUUUAAGGAUCGUCUGCAGUUAAUCGACAAGCUAAUAGAGGAUCGUAAAAAUUUGGUGAACAAGCUGAGUUCAGAAGGGGCGCCAGAGGAUGCGGUGGAUGUGAGAGCCCUUCGCAGAAGCAUAUCCAAACGUAGAAGGAGCAGUGCGCAGGAGCAGCCUCGUCCAGAAGCUGUUAAGGAAACAGCAGCAGCGCAGUCGUGUAGUCCCAGCAGCAGCACGUCCGGCAGUCCGGCUAAGAAGCUGCGACGCGAUGAGGCUAAGUCAUCACCGACGCCAUCCGAGGCAAGCAUUAAUUCCAAGGAGAACGAGGCUCUCGAGAAGCAGGAAAAUGACACCAUGUCCGCUAGACGACUCAGCCAGAAGCUGUGCCAGCAGCAGCGCUACUCCAACGAUGAUCUCUACAAGCCCCGUCCAGUCCUGUCGCAGCGCUCUCGUCGCCGGGGCGUGGAUUCAAUCCUCUAGCUUUCGAAUCAAAAAAAAAAACAAACUCUGUUAUCACAAAAAACAUAAAAAAAAAAAACAAAAACAAUAAAAUAAAAUUGUUAAUGCAUUUGACAUAAAUCGA